AAGACCAUUGCUCUGAUCACUUUCUUCUCUUCUGCUAUAGCCUACGCAGUUCGUUGGCUGUUAUUACGUCUUUUUGAAGUGGGCUGUUUCAAAGUACAAUCCACCGACAACUUUUUUGAAAGAUCCACCGCCAUAGAUGCUAUUGAGUUGUGGCCGGAUUCAGAGCCUCACUCAACUUAAACCAUGGCCAGCCCACAAAUUGGAUUUGACAACCAGCGGGCCUAUUCCAGUCUCAUGAGAGGACUGCAGGAGCUGGACUUGAGGGGCGAUGCCACCCCUGGCUCAUUGUACCUGAUAGGAGACCACGCCUUCCCUCUGGCCAUGAACGCCCAAGGCAAGGUGCUGAUGGCCGCCUCCCUCUUUGGACGUGGAUGCAUGGUAGUCCUGGGUCACGAGAGCUACCUGACCGCCUUCCCCGCCCUGGUGGAGAACGCCCUCACCUGGCUCAGGGGCGAUGGAUCUGAAAACCCCCUGGUUGGUAUUCACCAGAGCUGCAAGCCAGUGGCGGAUAACCUCUCCCACUCCGUUUUCCAGGCCCAAGUGGUGGGGGGCUUCCUCCAAGACCUGGGGGUGGGGGUGUAUGUGGUGGAUGCCUACAGCAUGGCUCCUGAUGUGAAGGCCCUGCUGGAGUUUGUGAAAGCUGGAGGGGGGCUGUUGAUCGCAGGGCAGGCCUGGCACUGGGCUGGACAACACCCCAAGGAGAAUACUCUUAUGGCCUUCCCAGGAAACCAGGUCACCAGCAUGGCGGGGAUCUACUUCUCUGAGCACCGUUCAGAGGCCGGCUGUCUUUCUAUUUUCCCAACAAUUCCUUGCGGUUGGAAUCCAGAUCCGAUUAACUUUGCGGACGACUUGGCGUUUCUCCUGGAGGGCGUGUCUGGGUUCAGGUUAAAGGACGAGUGUUCUGAGAUUCAUGUCCAUGGCCUUCUUGCCUUUCCAAUAUUCCCCUUCCUAGCGGGGGCAUACUAUGGCAGGGGUCGAGUCCUAUUUGUCGCUCACGAAGAAUUGUUUGGCCAACAGGAGUUGGUUCCUUUAUGGCACAAUGCCCUCCGAUGGUUGGACCAGGGCAGGAAAGGCGUAGUUGGAGUCCUGCCGUCAUUGACUGAUCUCCCCUCCCUGUACGGCCCGUCAGGGCUGAGCUGUCGGAAUACAGACUUCACUGAUGACCUGAGUGUGUUUGUGUCCACGGUAUACUGCGAUGAGAAGGCACAGGAGAUGCAGGACUUUGUGAUGGAGGGAGGAGGUCUGCUCAUAGGAGGGCAUGCCUGGGACUGGUGCAGUUGUAACCCAGAGCUCAACCCGCUGACUGACUUUGCAGGGAACCGCAUACUGAGCAAGAUGGGCCUGAACGUGCUGGGUACUACCGUCCCAGACGAAUUCUACGAGGCUCCCGACCCCGUCAAGGCCUCCGUAGACCAGUACCACUUCCAGCACAUGGUGUCCCGCUUCAGCAGACACCUGCUCUCCGGAGAGACUCUCACUGCGAAGGAGGAGGGCUUCAUGCCGCGGCUGCGUCGGGACUGUGCUGCCUACCUGUUGAUGGAGGCCAACGGGUCGGCGUCGUACACACAAGUCGUGUCCGACCUCACUGCUAUCGUCAAAAAGGCUGGGAUCCCACAGGUGUCUUUGAACUGUCCCAUUAGCAAUGAAAAGGACCGUCUGCUGCUGACCAUCGGGACGGAGCUCUAUCAGUGUUUGGACCCCGACACGCUCCUGCCUUACCUGAUCAAGGACAUCCCUAGCAUGCCUGUUGUCGAACACCAGCUUAAAAUCGACGCAAACACAGCAGGUGAAAGGGAGUGGAUUAGUACUGGAGUGUACGUCACUCCAGUUAUGAAGACCUACAUAUCUCUACCAGCACAGAUUGUCAACAAAGGAUGGAUGGUGCAGAUCGGCUGUCAGACGGACAAUCUGGAUCACUUGAAGGAACUGAGGAGAGCCCCUUGUGUUAAAAAGAUGUUCAGAAUCACGACGCCCAUGAUGCAGGUGUGGAACCUGUGGGGGGGGCUCCUCUACCUCGUGGCCCCGCCCAACACUCAGGUGGAGGGGCUGAAGGUCACAGUGGAAAGGGCGGUUCUUUCCCCUUACUUUAAGUCCGGUGUGACGACGCCGGCCGAGUGGGCCCUGAUGCGCCAGUCCACCGCCCCCUGGGCAGAGCUGGAGUUUGAGAACAUCAUCUUCACCGUGCCGUCCGACGCCAUCCGACACCUGGAGCGCCCUGAGGAGGUGGCGGCGCUCUGGGAUAAGAUCAUGAGGGGGGUCGCAGACCUGGCAGCUGUUUCCCACAAAUUCCCGCGCAAGGAACGUUUUGUCGCCGAAGUGCAGAUAUCCUGCGGUUGGAUGCAUGCAGGCUAUCCCAUCAUGAUGUGCUCCUCUGUGGCCCCACAAAUGGUUAACCCAGAGGCCUCUGGACGCACAGACCUCUGGGGCUUCAUCCACGAGCUGGGGCACAACCAGCAGAGGGACUGCUGGGAGUUUGAACCCAACACCACAGAGUGCACGUGCAACCUGUGGUCGGUGUACGUGAAUGAAGAGGUGCUGGGGACUAAAAGGGCAGAGGCACAUCCGGAGUUGGAGCCUGAAAAUCGGUUGUCUCGCAUAGAAGAGUACGUCAAGGGAGGCAGAAACCUUGGGAGCUGGAAUACGUGGGUGGCCUUGCAAACAUACCUACAGCUCCAGGAGGCGUUCGGCUGGGCAUCCUUUAAGAAAGUGUUCGCCGCCUACCACGACAUGAGCAACGUGCCCAGGGACAACAAGGGCAAGAUGAACCUGUACACCAAGACCUUCUCCGUGGCCGUGGAGCACAACCUGUGUGCCUUCUUCAAGGCCUGGGGCUGGCCCAUAGAGGGCGCCACUGAGGAGGAGCUGUCCAGGCUGCCUCCGUGGACCAACCACCCCAUGGCUCGCUAUCAGUGAACCUUCCUAUUGCUCCUGAAGAGACCCUCCUCAAGGGUAGGAAGCUCUGUGGCGGGGCUCAAAGGACUCAUUUCCUUUUUAAAUGCUAUUGCACUAGUGGUGGUUGGUGGGAUUGCACUAUAUAUAUUUUACACAGAUUUUGUGAGCUAAGCUGUAGAUGUUUUACUUAUAAAGUACUUAGGCUCAGGUGUAUCCAAAAAAAAUCUAAUUUUGUUAUUUUUCAUUGGCGAAAUACAGUGGCCAUUGUGUCUUUGGUAACAUGUUAUUAGCGAUUGUAAUACAAUUUGUUGUCCUUAACUGUUCUUUCCAAUGAAUAUACAUCAAAUAUUGUACUGUUAAAAGGUAAUAACAUUUGUUGAACAUGUGUUAUGAUUGUGCUCUCACAUCUCUUGGGAUCUGAAUCUUUUACAUCCUAAUGAAUUAUGUGACCCAAAUUUUUUUCCAAAUUGAUAUUUUACGGCAUUAAGGGUGUUUUUCCUCAGAAGUGUCACAGCCCGGCUCAAGGGAAUGACAAGGAGGAGACCACACAUGGUUUUAGUUCAACUAUAAUUGUUUAUUUAACCAACUACAGAUAAAGUAAAUUAAAGUGAUGCAUGUCAAUCAGUAAUGAGUGCUGUGUGUGGAUGAGUGGAGAAUGUAAUGCAUGUGCAAAGCAAAGCUAACCCUAAACAAACCAUGCGUCAAAGGAGAGAGAGAUCAAGUGGCUGACUCCUACAGUUUAUAUAGCUGAGGAGCUCAGCCUGCCUGGGUGUUAGUCAUUACACUGAUCACUCAAUCAGGAGGUGCCAGAGGGCUGUCACAGCCCCCUCCAUAAGAACGGGGUUCACACCGUGACCUUGUAUGCUCAAUCCUGACACACAUUGAGCAGUAUCAACACUUUUGUCCUCACAUUCGGCGGCAGGUCAGCAGCUCCGCUGGACUCCCGGCCAGGCAGUCACAUGGCAAACUGACAAAUUAGACAUCUAUUUUUGCAUGGAAUAUCCCUGCUUCUGAAAUACGGGAACAUCUCCGCCCAGCGCUCGUCCGCUGGUCCACAAAAUCGUAGCUAUGCUCUGAUUGGAGGGGGGUGGAGAAGUGGGAGGCAAUAUUCAAAUGUGCCCCCUUCCUGCGUAGGAGGGGGCGCCGAAACUGACUCGCUCGUUUGGUAACUGUAGGCGGGGUACUUUCAGUAAUGCAUAUCGCACUCAAAAAAUGAUGUACAGACUUUUUUCAAAGUUUGUAUGCGUGUGGGAGCACAACAUCCCAAAUCCCAGGAAAAGUGUUGUUUUCAUAAUAUGUCCCCUUUAAGAAGUCAAAGGGUCCCACUCUGUGCACCUUGUUUGAGGCAUGCAGGCUGACGCCCAGAGGCAAGUGAAGGAACUGCAGUAUGGUGAGGUCAUCUCCCCCCUGGUUUUUUUACAUACACCGAAGCAAGGAUAAAAAUAGGAUUGGAAUGCAACAAUGCUAAUGCACUCUUGUAAAGCUGUAGCAUAUAAGGAGGAGAUUUUGUCAUUUGGCCUAUAAAUCCACUGGUAGGGUGCAUUUAAUGACAUUGUUAAUUAAUGUGUAGAAACAGGUUUAUUUGAUCACCCCUUGUAGCGGGAGUGUUCUUUUAGUUCCUUGAUUUGUGCAUAUUUGUCUUAGCCUAACACAGGAUUUUGUGAGUUAUUACGUAUUUUCCAUAUGUGCUCUUCUAACACAACUAUGUUGGCAUAGAUAUCUUGAACACACACACGAGCGCGCACACACACACACCUUCAGAAUUGUUUGUACCAAAAGCAGAGCAAUCCAGACCUUUCCAUUAAAUUGCACCAAACACACAUUUGGCCUUGUAUCUUCCUUCAGUCUUUUAAGUUGUAGCCCAGGGAAUAAUCAUUUCAAACUGCCUUAAGAAUACAAGUGGACCAAGGCCACAGUGGGCUUCCACCUUGUCUACAGAAUUGGUGAAGGGCGACUUCAUGUCAAAUGUAAACAGGAAGUUCAGAUCCUUUUGUCUCCAGGCGCAUUGUGAUUGUACCCUGGUACAGGCCCGACACAGAGCAUUCUCAGGUUUUUAGUACAAAUCUCUCAAAACACUAGUACCUCCAUCUAAACCAUCAUCAAACUCGGUCAAUCUUUUGAGAGACAGCUUGUGUCGAAAGACUGAUUUUGGCAACGUCAACCCAAGCCUUUCCAUGAUUUCAAUCCUUUUAAUAUUUUGAUAACCAAAUGUUUCUCUUUGCAUCGUUCGAGUUCAUUCUGUGCUUAUUAACAUGUGAACUGCCAUUCAACACAAUUUCAACACAAACAGGUUUACAGUGUGCUUUAUAGAAGAGGACAAUGUGGUUUAGAUGUAGUCGGUACUAAAGGCCACAAUUCUCCCUUGUAAAGGAAAGUGCAAAUGUGUGGAAAGGAAAAGCAGAUAUCCUAAUAAUUGUAAGUAACAAAAAAAGUACAAAAGGUAAGGACAUUUCAAUAGCAGUCCGUUUUGCAAUGUGAAGUCAUAACCUCAAAUGUGUAUACAAAGACCAAAUAAUGCAAUGAAUACAUUAAAAAAACGACAUCUUUGCAAUUAGCUUGUCUUGUAACUGGUGACUUCAAUUUUAAUACUGAUGAUUUGAAUGACAAGUGUGCAAAAACACCUUCUACCAUUUUGGACACAUUUGAACUGUCUCAUACUGUGAAAGAGGCUACUCAUGUAAGGGGCACACUCUAGACCUGGUUAUCCCAAAGGGCCUGAUUGUUCCUGGUCUCUCUGUGACUGAUCCUCCACUUUUGUGUUUUCUUUAAAGAUCUCCUAUUAUACUACUUU